UCCGCACAUUGGCCGCGAUCCGCGGCCUCGCCUUCGCCUUCGUGUUAGCACUCGGGUGGUCGUCAUAACUUCAAUCUAAUGAGGCGCAUCAAAAAUUUGAAUCGGUCGUUCGGCAUCGAAAAAUGCCUAGCUUGCACAAAAACAUGGCUCAUGACCUGACUAGCAGGCGGGUAAGAACUUGUCCGCAGAUGGCAACGAGAAUAUCGACAGGACUAUAUUUGGUUCAUCUCCCAGCUCUUUGAUAUCACACUCCUCAUCUGGGACUAAAACCUUCUUGAAGUUUGUUUAUCAUUGCAGCUCUUGGCACCCUGCACGGCAGAUAUCCAAAAUGUUACGAAACAACUUGAUACGGGCGCUUUCUGCACUUAACUUUGCAUUUGGUGCCAUCGCUACAAAUAGUUCAUGCAAGUGUGCACCUAAUGACGCUUGCUGGCCAUCUACAAGUGACUGGCAGCAGUUCAAUGCUACUCUCUCGGGGAAGCUCAUCGCGACCAAGCCGGUCGCUAUUUCUUGUUACCCAGGUCCUGAUUAUGAUGCAACAUUGUGUGCCAAGGUCAUGGUGGACUGGUACAAGGGAGAAUGGAUGUCAUCACAUCCCGUUGGCCUGGACUAUCCCCUGAAUAUCACAUGUCCUCCCGUCCAGCCUGCAUCGAACUCGACCGCCGCAGGAGGCUCUUGUACUAUCGGCACGAAUCCCGUAUACGCUGUCAACGUGACGGAGACCGACGACAUCGUCGCUGCCCUCAAGUUCGCAGAGGAGAAGAACCUGAGAGUUGUGAUCAAGAGCACCGGACACGAUGUUCUCGGCCGCAGCGACGGCUUUGGCGGCUUGGAGAUUUGGCUUCGCUACUUCCGCAACGGCAUCGCCCCGCAAACCUCUUUCCAGUCCUCCACCGGCUGCACAGCGUCAAUGUGGACCGGCAGCGCCAUGAAGCUUGCCGGCGCGUACAUGUGGGGUGAGAGCUACGCGGCCGCAAAGGAGAACAACGUCGUCGCCGUGGGCGGAGGCAGCUCGACCGUCUGCAGCACGGGGGGUUGGAUGCAGGGCGGCGGCCACGGCCCGGCCAGCCAUACUUUCGGUCUCGGCGCUGACCAGGUGCUUGAGGCUGAGCUGAUCCUUGCCAACGGCACUGCUGUCACGGUCAACGCUUGCCAGCACCAGGAUCUGUACUAUGCCAUCCGUGGCGGAGGUCCCAGCUCCUACGGUGUUGUUGUGUCAACGACGGUCAAGACGUACCCGCAGGUCACCGUGGCCGUUCAGAACCUCCAGUUCGCGGCCCCUACCGGAACCUCCAAAACUGCUUUCCUGGAUGCGCUUGCAACUCUCUACAGCUCGAUCCCGGAAUUGGUGGAGGCUGGUUUCGCCGGCUACAGUCACUGGCAGGUUGACGGCCAGUCUGCUUCCUUCAACAACUACACCACGGCAUAUUCUCACGCCAUCUACGUAUUCAACAAGACCGCCGAGGAGGCAGAGGCCGCGGGCAAGAGCCUUCUCGACAAGAUUUACAAGUUUAACGAUACCCUCUUUGUGAAUUCAAGCUAUGUAACUUAUGGCGACUACUGGACCUUCUUCGAGGAGGUUAGCGCCGAUAACAACCCCGUCGGCCUCAUGGCCGCCUCCGGAUCUCGUCUCCUCGACACGGACGCCGUCAGCAACUUCACAAACGUCCGUGGUCUGGUUGAGACCCUCGCCGGAAAGACGGGUGAAUACGUCACAAAUGUCAUCUCCAUCGUCUCUGGCGGCCAAGUUUGGGCCGACGCAGCUCAGGAAUAUUCCGCCGUUCUUCCCGCCUGGCGUACGGCUGUAUUGCACCAAUCUGUCGCGCGUAUUCUCAGCCCCGGCGUCAGCGAUGCUCGCUUCAAGGAGGUUCAUGACGACGUCACCUUCAAUAAGAUUGGCGCCAUGAAGACCUUGGCUCCGAACAUGGGAUCGUACAUGAACGAGGGUGAUGCUUUUGAUCCUGACUGGAAGGUGGAUUACUAUGGCGCCAACUACAACAGGCUUCAGUGUAUCAAGGAGUACUACGACCCUGGUGAGCUCUUUUACUGCCCGACUUGUGUGGGAAGCGAUAAGUGGCAAGAAGACUCCAUUGGACGUUUGUGCCGCGCUUAGUCACAUGGGCUCUCUGACACUGAGACUCACUUACUUCAGUGUGCCUUUGGUGAACAACUCAAACUGUGUGUUCGAAGAGACCUAAAACUUUUAAUUCUGAAUCAUAGACUUUCAAUAAGACUUUACCUUGGCACUCCUUAUCUGAUGGCUACAUGCAAAUGCAGCCUGACUUCUAAGUGGAAUUUGCGAUUAGUUGAAAUUCCAUG